AUGACACAAAAGAACGUUGUGGUGAUAGGGGCUGGCGUGGCUGGUUUGACAACGGCCUUUCUCUUGUCCAAGAGACCCGGCUACAAGAUUGUGGUAGCGGCCAAGCAUAUGCCAGGUGACUACGAUAUUGAAUAUGCUUCUCCAUGGGCCGGCGCCAAUUAUAUGCCCGUGGGAGUGCGUGGAACUCAGGCAGCAGAGUGGGAAAAGGCCACUUGGGGCCCAUUGGAAAACCUCGCGAGGAAUCACCCUGAUGCCGGUGUUCAUUUCCAAGACUGCGAGAUACGCACUCGUUCAAAGGACCUUGGAUCAGCAACAGCAAACUGGUUUUCUGAGUUAUUGUCUCCUAAUCCGUGGUUCAAGGAUGUUGUUCCAAAUUUCCGUGUUAUCCCUAGAGAGGAGCUAGGGCCAGGGGUUGACUCUGCCACUUCUUUUACUUCUGUUUGUAUCAACACUGCAAUUUAUCUACCGUGGCUGGUCUCUCAGUGUCUGAAAAAUGGUGUCAUUUUCAAACGCAAGGUUUUCCAGCAUAUUUUAGAAACCACUAAACCCAAUGUCCACCCAUCUGGCUACGUUGAUCUGGUAAUCAAUUGUACAGGCCUGAUGGCAUCGCAACUCGGCGGCGUUGAAGAUAAGUCCGUCGUUCCAGCUCGCGGACAGAUUGUAGUCGUUCGCAACGAUACUGGGGGGAAAAUGUUCGAUGUUUCCGGUACAGAUGAUGCGGAUGAUGAAGCAUGUUAUAUUAUGAUGAGAGCGGCCGGUGGCGGAACAAUUUUGGGUGGCUCAUAUCAGAUGAGGAAUUGGGAAUCACAACCAGACCCAAAUUUGGCAGUCAGAAUCAUGAAGAGGGCUAUCGAGAUGUGCCCUGAACUUACCGGUGGAAGAAAGGGAAUCGAGAAUUUGGAUAUUGUUAGGCAUGCAGUGGGGUUACGACCGGUACGCGAAGGUGGAACACGAGUUGAGAAAGAGCGUAUUGGAAAUGUAUGGGUGGUGCACAAUUAUGGAGCUGGAGGCGCUGGAUAUCAAUCGUCUUACGGCUGCGCACAAACUGCAGUCAACUUAGCCGAGGAGGUUUUUCAAAAACGAGCACAAUUAUAA